UCUACAUUGUGCUUCUUACUGAUAAAACCAAACCCUACUGUAGACAAGAGUAAUUGUAUUUAUCAAGAGUAAGAGUAAAACCUAGUUUAUGCAGCCAAAAUCCUUUCAUCUACCUACUUAUUAAAGAUACGGAAGUGUGAAUGUUGAAAGUGUGCCCAUCCCUGUACUAUUGUGCUUAAUAUACUAUGUAACAAAGAUUUCUCCUACCUCAAAGGACUACAUCUUCACUCUCAGCUUUGCAUGGAUUUAUGGGCACAACAACACACAUUAUUUUACUUUCAAGGAACAAGGUAAUACAGGGGGUGGGCAGGUUAUCUUUCAGGACUGAACUCUUGAUUUAAGAGUUAACACAGUGACACAACAAAAGCUGAAGAAAGCAAGUAUCAACAGAAUAAUGAGCCAGGAUAAUAAGACAAGGUGUUUAAUAUUAGCACUGUGAGAAAUCAUAUUAGAUAUUCUUCUGAUUUUAAAGGAAGACACUCAGAAAGAAAGCUAAGUAUGUAUAUCUGUAGUCCACAGGAAACUGAUUACUGUCACAUUUAUUACAGGCAUCGCACAGCGGGGAGUUCUAGGAAGAAAUAUUACAACUGCUGUAGAACAAUACUAUCCCAAUAUUGAUGUGUCAAAGAACAUAAAGUAUGUCGGCACAUAAUAAGAUCUGGACAAGGAAGAUCUGGAUAAAUGAAACAAUACUGCCUAUACAUACAUUUUAAAUCAGCCUUGCACGUUGGGACUCUCUUCAACAGACUUUAUGGGGAAAAUUUAUGUCAGACAUAACUAAAAUUAUGGCAAAUUGUCAAAACAACAGUACUCAUGGCAUAUUACUCCAGCCCCUAGGGUGAGAAUGUAUUUCCAUAUAUGCUGUUUGUCUUUCCACAGACACCAUUCGAAUUGCAGCUUCCUUCUCAUGGCAAAUUCUGACUGCAGAUGUACUAAUUCAGGCUUACUGCUCCUCAGCACUAUUUAUAGCUUCCAGAUUUCUUCCUCGUAGUUUCUCCAGGAGGCUAUGGAGGCUCGCAGCCUGUACUUUCCCACCUGCCAGGGCCAUAGUGCCAUUGACUCAAGAGGUGAACAACAUGAGCAACAGCACAACUACUGCUGGCUCUGGCAACUGGUGGUCAGUCUUUGGCAUGGCUGAACCGCCGACUGUUCUAUCCCUUUACUUACAAUAAAAGUCUUAUUUUAUAAGGCACACCAAUGAAACUAUACUUUAAGAAGCAUUUUAAGUGCAGAUAAAAAUUAAGAAAGCUGUACUCAAAGACAAGUGUUGUGUCCCCUCAGAGAGACACUAUAUUAAAGGGAGAAAUUCUGGGAGAAAGACACAUUCAGUGCCUUAAGCCUGUGCUGGCCUCUUCUGGUUCUCCCAAUGGAAGGGAUCCUAGUUAUUUUUCCAGCCUCUCAUUUGGCCUGCUAGACCUGCUGAUGGAUGCCAGCUUGGUCCAAAACAUAGUUCCAAUCAUCAGUGAUUUAAUCAUGAAUUAUUGGUCUGAAUCAGUAAGUUUGGAAAGGAGAGCUACUAGUUUUGUAUGGCUAUGUCUUCCAGCUGGUAUUUGUUGUAGCAUCAGUAAAGGCUGGAGAAUUAGGGACAAAGAAUCACUGCUGGCAGUAGGGAUUCUGCCAACAGUGAUUCCAUGACUCUGGUUCAGGCUAGUACUAGUCUGGAGUGUUCAUACCUCAUAAUUGGCACUUCUGGGGUUCUGCUAAUGUAUUGCCUACCCUACUGCCCAGCAGUCUCAGUGCCUGAAGUGAUGGAGGUUAUCUCCAGCUUGGUACUGAGGACUCUCUAGAGAACUUCAACAUCCAUGCUGGGACACCCUUGUUUGUGAUGGCCUAGCACUUUAUGGCUACCAGGACAGCCAUGGGCUAUCCUAACAUGUUGUUGACUAACACAUGAUUCCGGACACUCUAGACUUGGGUUUCUCAACUGGAUCAGAUGCUACUGAUCUGAAAGUGAAGUAUUUGACAUCUAUGUUCCUAUCAAGAUUAGAUUAUUUUCAGCUUAUGUUUGAGCUGUCAGAGACCCUAUCCCUCUGGAAAUAUGGGGAAACUAUUGAAAUGACCCCCACCCCCAAGGUGAAUGGAUUUUGAUGGAUUCCUGAUGACUCUGGGGGAUCCUCUGGCUGGUAUGGUUUGUGAUGUCCCUGUCAAAGCCUCAGCUUUCCUCUGGGAUGGAGAAGUAACUUGAGCAGUUGACACAAUCUUUCCCAAGGAUCCUUUUGCACUAAGCAAAGCCUGUAUAUCUCCUCUGUGUACAUUUUUGCUGAGUACAGUGAAACAAAUGGGGAAAACACUGGGGUGCAAGUGGACAAACACUACAUUAAUAAGUCUGAUCUAACUUGAAUGAGAGCCCACCAUUGUGCCUAUUCCUGUGGCAGUGAUGGAGUUGAAAAAAUGGUUUGUCUCCUUUGGCACUCCCUUUCUGUCUGGUACAGGGCUUUUUCAAAUCUGGUUCAUAGGGAAAUAUAGCAGAGCCAUUAGAAGCAUGCUGUGAUAUAUUUGCAAGGGCCUUUGAAUGUAAAAUCACCCAUCUCAAUCAUGGCUUGGACUCUGUAACUAAUGGAAAGCCAGUGAGGUGCCCAGAGAACUAUCAGGUCCAACUUAAUUGGUUGAGUUAAUUAUUGGAGCUUAAAAUGUGGUUAAGUAUAGCCCAUCAUUUGUAUGCUUGACCCUUGUUCUUUGUGGCUUAUUAAACCUAGAGGAGAGGGUUUGCCGGUCUGGGCCCAAGAAGCUGGAAAUGUCCCAUUGAGAUAUGAAGCAUUUCCCAUUCUUUUAACAGUUCGAUCACUACAGUUUAUUCACUUCUGAAGAAACCUAGCCUGAAUCUGGACAGAGAUGGUAUUUCUUGUCCAGUGGUAUUACCUCUGACUAGAAAAAGAUAGGGUAAGUAUGGCCUUAUAGAUUCUUCUGGAUUUCUGAGAGACUUUUUGUACAAUUGACCAUGGUUUCUUUCUGAAUAGGCUGUCCAGGUUGGAUCAGAAGAUACCAUUUGACAGUGGUUGUACUCCUCUUUGGAUGGCCAUUUCCAGAAGGUAGUGUUGGGAGAUUUUUUCUUGAUGCUGGCCGUGCUUUGGAGUUCUAAAGGAUUCUGUUCCUUAUGACAGCAUGAAACAUCCAAAUGUUUGGCCUAAGGUGUUACCAUAUGCAGUUGCUAUCCAGCAUUACCUUCUAUUUCCAUCAUAUUCAGGUAAAGGUCACUUUGGUUUCUCCUGAUAUCUUGCCUUUUGUAACCUGUCAAGGCAAACAGAAGUGAAAAAUAAAGCUCUUUGCAGCCUCUCCUUGACAGCAGGUAACCCCUGGACAUUGCUGAAGCAAGCCAUGCUAUGAUGGAUUUUCAAAAGAGAGUAUGUACAAUUCAAAAUAUCUUUUAAAAAAUUGGGCAUAUUUGGGGCACUUUUUUAAAAGAUGAAGAACCACUGACAGCCAAUCCAAUGUGCCACAGGGUGCUCUGAAGGAGUUGUCUCUAACUGUCAAAUCAGAGCUUUUUGUAAUCUCUGAAAAAAGAAAAAAAUAAGUAAAAUGGGCUAAAAGCUGUGGCAAGUGCAAAUAGACUUGUGACUGCAGUUUGGGCUCAGCAGACAUGGGAGAACUAAGGAGGAAGGAGGGAGUGAACAACCCAGCAGCAGCCCAGUUGUCAAGUGGACUGCACAAAUCAUCUGUCCAGUUCACACAACAACCAACCCACCAUGGGAUCUUAUUGCAUCAUUUUGUGUUGUGUAAAUACACCCAUUGAGUAUAAUAGGACUUACUUCCAGUUAAGUAUGUACAUGAUUUGCAGCCUGAUAACCUACCAACUGACUUCUGUUCUGUUAGAAAAAGCUAGUCUUCAUACUCGCUGCCUACAACAAUUGGUGAGACUGACAGACUUCCUUAUGGGCUUGCACAAUUCUAAUCUUUCACCUUUUUAUUUACUCUUUUAUCUAGACUAACAUGCUUAACUUGAUUUAGUGAUGUAAACAUGAUUACAACACAAAAAGCAGGUUUUCAGAAGACAGGAUUGAGUAAGCACCAGUAUAUGCACAAUCAUAUCCGGCAUAUUUUGUUGUAGACCUGCAGACUUUUGAAGAGAGGAAAACCACAGCAAGACGUUCAAGGUGACAUGAAAAUACAAAGUAUAUAGUUUUGUACUAGCAUACAGUUUUUUCUCCAUAUUCAAUGAAACAGCAUAAACACAAAGAAUUAAGGUAUUGUAUGCAAAUACAGCUUUGCAAUUCACACUUUUGGGAAAAUAUUAGGCUUGAAUUAUUAAAUAUGCAUUUCUUUACAUUUAAUUCAACAGAUUAGAACAAGUCUGUUUUUGCACAGAGAAAGGUUACUGAAUUACUGGGAUUACUCUCUUAUGGAUAAAACAGAAAAACAGAUUUAUAAUACAAAUAAGGAUAUGGUUAAAUGUCUUUUCUAAGUACAUAUUUUAAGAAUUUAGAUACAACAGUUUGGUAAUGACCCAUAAACCUUAUUACUGCAGCUAAUUUGACUUAAUGUUGGAUCAUUGAAAGCUAAGGCUGAUGUCAUACAGACAUGCCUCUUGAUUAGUCAUGAUGCUGUGCAAUGUUGUGCAAUGCCACAAAUUGUUCUUGCUUACACCUUCCCUUCCAUGCACCCACACUUUUCCUUGGUCUUUAAGUCCCCUAUCUGAUGUAGAAGAAGGUGUGCCUGGAACCAGCAAAGAUUCCUCAUGUUGUGGGAUCCUUAUGAUAUGUCAAAGACAUGCUAGAGGAAUCCUCUAAUGAAUUGAGUCAUGCUUACUUUUUCCAUACUUCAGUGGCUGGCAGAUGGGCCAAACCGUGGGAGAUGGGGCUUCUCUGAUGCAGUAGCAGUGUGGAUGGGAGGUACUGCUAAUGCCUUGGAUGUGGUGCUUGACACUAAGGACUUGAGAGUGCAUAUUGAGCUCUGCUUCUGUGAGCUACUUCAAGAGCAUGUGCUAAUAGAAGUAUGUCUGCAGUAUACACAGUCCUUGGGUUAAGGACAAGUUCUUUCCCUGAGAUCGUCUUUAAGUUGAAUAUAAAUAGCAUCCACCUCCCCAGAAUUCAAGGGGACGAACAUCGAGUUCGAAGCGUUUGUAGGACUGCCCUUUAAGUGCGUGACCCACAAAAACCGACUAACAGCUCCUUGCUGAUGCUAUCACAAUCCUCCUUGCGGAGUUUCCUCAUCGAAACUAGAAGAAAGGAUUAGGCAGUUUUUCUCUGGACAGCAGCUUUUGUGGAAGUGUCCUUGCAUUACAGCAACGGAAAACAGAAGUUGGCCUUCUUACGCUUCUCCCUUCCUUCCGCACGGACGACGUCUGUCGCUCACCUGGAUACACCUGAGCUCACCUGAGCCUGCGCGGGCGCCGCCUUCUCGAGCUCCCCCGCGCCCUUCUCGCCUCCCUGCCCCGCCUGCGCCUGGCUGCGCAGGCGCACUACCAUACGCCCGGCAAGACUCCUGGGGCUCGACGCUGUCAUGGCGGCAGUGAGCAGCGGCAGCAACUGCUAAACAGGCUGGAAGCAAUGGAAGAGCUCAUUGCGGGGGCUGCGGAGUGAGAAUAAAAAACUACUGCCCAAAUCUUGGUACUGAGGAGGAAAACAAACAAUUCUCAGGGCUCAGGAGAACUCCUGAUUGUGUUCAAGGCACUUCGGAAGAUCCAGACAAGGCACUCAGCUCCCUGUUUCUGGAGUGCUGGAAGUGAACUAGCUAUGGCUAGUGAAGACAAACAGGUUUCCUCUCCUCAGCCAACAGGUGAUGAUGGAGGAGGGGGAAGUGGUGCUGGGCAGGGAAAAGAAGGAAACACGGCUGAAAUGGAGAGCAGGCUGCAGCCUUUGAAUCCAGGAAUCCCUAUCCGUGGCAUCAGGAUGAAAUUUGCUGUUCUGGCAGGACUGGUGGAAGUUGGUGAAGUAUCCAACAGAGAUAUUGUAGAAACUGUGUUUAAUCUGCUUGUAGGAGGUCACUUUGAUCUGGAAAUGAAUUUUAUUAUACAAGAAGGAGAGAGUAUUACUUGCAUGGUGGACUUGUUGGAUAAGUGUGAUGUCACAUGCCAGGCUGAGGUAUGGAGUAUGUUUACAGCCAUCCUGAAGAAAAGUAUACGGAAUCUCCAGAUUUGCACAGAAGGGGGUCUCAUUGAGCAUGUACUUCAGAGGAUUGAUAAGACUGACAAUAUGAUUGCAGAUCUCCUAGUCGAUAUGCUGGGUGUAUUAGCAAGCUACAGUGUGACAGUCCGGGAAUUAAAGUUGUACUUUAGCAAACUUCAAGGAGACAAAGGAAAAUGGCCACCACACGCUGGGAAGUUGUUGUCUGUAUUAAAACAUAUGCCUCAGAAGUAUGGACCUGAUGCCUUCUUCAAUUUUCCAGGAAAAAGUGCUGCAGCAAUUGCCUUACCUCCUAUAGCCAAGUGGCCCUACCAGAAUGGCUUUACUUUUCAUACUUGGUUAAGAAUGGACCCUGUAAAUAAUAUCAAUGUAGACAAAGACAAGCCUUACUUAUAUUGUUUUCGAACAAGCAAAGGACUUGGUUAUUCUGCUCAUUUUGUUGGAGGCUGUUUGGUUGUUACCUCAAUUAAAUCAAAAGGAAAAGGCUUCCAGCACUGUGUGAAGUUUGAUUUCAAGCCACAAAAGUGGUACAUGGUUACUAUAGUGCACAUCUAUAACCGGUGGAAGAACAGUGAGCUUAGAUGCUAUGUGAAUGGAGAACUGGCAUCUUAUGGAGAGAUAACAUGGUUUGUCAAUACGAGUGAUACUUUUGACAAAUGUUUCCUGGGCUCCUCAGAAACAGCAGAUGCCAAUCGAGUGUUUUGUGGCCAGAUGACAGCAGUUUAUCUUUUCAGUGAGGCCCUCAACGCUGCUCAGAUUUUUGCUAUUUAUCAACUUGGUCUGGGAUACAAGGGAACUUUUAAAUUCAAGGGAGAAAGUGAUCUCUUCCUCGCUGACCAUCACAAACUGCUACUGUAUGAUGGGAAACUUUCUAAUGCUAUUGCCUUUACAUACAAUCCAAGGGCUACAGAUGCUCAGCUCUGUCUAGAAUCAUCACCCAAGGAAAAUGCUUCAAUCUUUGUUCAUUCACCACAUGCUCUCAUGCUACAGGAUGUAAAAGCAGUCGUAACCCAUUCUAUCCAAAGUGCAAUGCAUUCAAUUGGAGGAGUACAGGUUCUUUUCCCCCUGUUUGCACAGCUGGAUUAUAGGCAGCAUUCUCUGGAUCAACCUGACACAACUGUUUGUUCCAUUCUACUGGCUUUCAUAAUGGAGUUGCUGAAGAACUCAAUUGCUAUGCAAGAACAAAUGCUUUCCUGUAAGGGCUUCCUUGUAAUAGGAUACAGUCUUGAAAAGUCUUCCAAAGCACAUAUUAACAGAGCUGUGCUAGAACUUUGCCUUGCCUUUGCUAAAUAUCUGAGCAAUUUGCACCAUGGUGUGCCCUUACUGAAGCAGCUGUGUGAUAAUAUUCUUCUUAACCCUGCAAUAUGGAUUCAUACUCCAGCCAAGGUUCAGCUGAUCCUGUACACAUACCUGUCUUCUGAAUUCAUUGGCACAGCUAACAUAUACAAUGCAAUUCGACGAGUUGGGACAGUUCUACUGGUGAUGCACACACUGAAGUAUUAUUACUGGGUAGUAAAUCCACAAGAUCGUAGUGGAAUUGUCCCCAAAGGGUUAGAUGGACCCCGACCUGAUCAGAAAGAGAUUCUUUCUCUACGAGCCUUUUUACUGAUGUUUGUUAAGCAGUUGGUGAUGAAGGAUCAUGGAGUUAAAGAAGAUGAACUUCAGAGCAUUCUCAACUAUCUCCUUACCAUUCAUGAGGAUGACAAUUUAAUGGAUGUCCUACAACUACUUGUUGCUCUCAUGUCAGAGCACCCAGGUUCUAUGAUCCCUGCCUUUGAUCAGAGAAAUGGAAUACGUGUUGUCUACAAACUUCUUGCAUCAAAAAGCGAAGGUAUCAGGGUACAAGCUCUAAAGGUGAUGGGCUACUUCUUAAAGCAUUUGGCACCCAAGAGGAAAGCUGAAAUCAUGCUUGGACAUGGAUUGUUCUCCCUGCUGGCUGAAAGGCUAACACUUCAAACAAGUCUCAUUACCAUGACCACAUAUAAUGUGCUAUUUGAGAUUCUUAUUGAGCAGAUUUGCACUCAAGUGAUACAUAAGCAGCAUCCCGACCCAGAUUCAGCAGUGAAAAUACAAAAUCCUCAGGUCCUGAAAGUUAUUGCAACUUUGCUGCAUAAUUCUCCACAGUGCUCAGACACUAUGGAAGUCCGUAGAGUUUUCCUCUCUGAUAUGAUUAAGCUUUUUAAUAGCAGCAGAGACAAUAGGAGGAGUUUACUACAGUGCUCUGUAUGGCAGGAAUGGAUGCUUUCACUUUGCUAUAUUAAUCCGAAAAGCUCUGAUGAACAGAAGAUAACUGAAAUGGUGUAUACCAUUUUUAGAAUUUUACUUUAUCAUGCAAUCAAAUACGAAUGGGGUGGCUGGCGUGUUUGGGUAGAUACUCUAGCGAUCACACACUCAAAGGUAACUUUUGAAAUACACAAGGAGAGUCUUUCUCAGAUGUUCAGGGAAUAUCAAGAGAAAGGAGAUGAUAGCUGCAGUGCUGGUCCAUCAGCUCUUGUUAGAACUAUCUCAGGGACUAGUAAAAUAAAUGAAAUCACAGAAGGGCACCAAAAAUUGGAAGUAAAAGAAGCUGGUCCUUCUGCGAACAGUGAUGUGAACGGGAAUGUAAAAUAUACUUUGACUGGUGAAGAAAGAUCAUCAGAUUUUGAAGAACGAACUAAUGUAGAAAUGAAUGAAGAAAAGAAGACAGAGAGUGGUCAGAGAACACCUGAUCUGAAUAAAGUACCUUGCUUAGAAAUUUCUCAGCAGGCUGAAGUAAUAAAAGAGAGCUCAGAAGUCACAUCGGAAAUGCUUAAAACAAAUCAAGAGGAAGAAAUGCUUGCAGCCACUGAUGUACUAUCUCCUUCAGAAAAUGCAGAUGGAGAGACACUUGAAAGUCCAGAGAUACUAGAAAAGCCAACACCAGAAAUGGAGGAAGAGGAAGAUUUUGUUGAUUUAAAAGAGGAGAGCAGCCUGCCUUUUACAUCAGAGGAGUGUGCUGCUAGACCAAGUGAAGAACACAACUUGGAUAAAAGCCAGGAAACACUAACAAUAGAACAGAAUAGUGUUACAUUGAAAGAACCUGAUUCUGUGGCUUUAGAAGGUGUUGAAGCAUCAGUGGAAAGAGAACAAGAACCAAUCCCACCUCCACAAAUUACUGCUUCUGAAAUAAAUGGUGCAAAAGGUCAACCAGAUUCAAAUGUUGUAGAGAAGUCAAAUGGAGAAAAUAUUGCUCAUCCCCAAAGCAAAACAGUGGCAGAUAAUAUACAGCCACCUACUCCAGAAACAUUGGUACCUUCAGACAAGAAAAUUGCUAAACUUGAUGUUUCUAGUGUGGCGUCAGAUACUGAAAGAUUGGAGUUAAAGUCCAGUGCAAGUCUGGAAGUAAAUCAGCCUCUUCGGCCCAUUCCUGAGAUGUCGAGGCAACAUGAUUCUUCUGGUCAGAGCACAGGAGCUGUGUCCAAUGGGCAAAGAAGGGAUUCUAGGUCUACCAUGUUUCGUAUUCCCGAAUUCCGAUGGUCACAAAUGCACCAACGCUUACUCACAGACCUGCUCUUUUCAAUAGAAACAGAUGUACAAAUGUGGAGAAGCCAUUCUACCAAGACCGUGGUGGACUUUGUGAACAGCAAUGACAAUGUCAUCUUUGUACAUAACACGAUUCAUCUCAUCUCUCAAGUGAUGGAUAAUAUGAUAAUGGCAUGUGGUGGCAUAUUACCUUUACUUUCAGCUGCUACAUCUGCUACACAUGAAUUGGAAAACAUUGAGCCAACUCAAGGACUGUCAGUAGAAGCUUCAGUAACCUUCCUGCAAAGAUUAAUUAGCCUUGUGGAUGUAUUAAUAUUUGCAAGCUCUCUUGGAUUUACUGAAAUUGAGUCAGAGAAAAAUAUGUCAUCUGGUGGAAUUUUACGGCAGUGUCUUCGACUUGUAUGUGCAGUGGCAGUCAGAAAUUGUUUGGAGUGUCAACAGCAACACGCUCUAAUGAAACUUAGUGGAGAAAAUGUUAAGUGUCAGAAAACAGUACAAAGUCUGAUAGCAGCAGGAAGGUCUGGAGCAAAGAGCGCAGUUGAUAUCGUGACUGGAGGGAUUUCGCCAGUAAGAGAUACUGACAGACUUCUGCAAGAUAUGGAUAUUAACCGGCUCCGUGCAGUGGUAUUCAGAGAUAUAGAAGAUAGCAAACAGGCACAGUUCUUGGCGUUGGCUGUGGUAUAUUUUAUCUCUGUUCUCAUGGUUUCAAAAUAUAGAGAUAUUCUGGAACCUCAGGAUGAACGGAGGCGGCCACAGUCCAUUCAGUCACCCAAGGCCACCACCACAACAGAUGUAGAAAGCCCACCUGCGGCUAUUACCACUGCAACUCCUGUAUCUGCUGAAGAGUCAGAAAGUAUGGUGUCCAUGCAAAGAAGAGAUUCAGGUAUCGAGGAGGAAGUGCAUUCUGGAUUUGAGCGUAAUUCUGAGACCAUCGCAGAAGCAGAAGAACAGUGUGUCAGUGCAGGUCCCGAUGCAAUCAGUGAAGUACUAUGCACACUUUCUUCAGAAGUUAAUAAAUCUCAGGAAAAUAGAAAUGAACUACAGAGUGAGACAGACAAUAAAACUUCAUCCUCUGUGCCAGCUGCAAAAAAUGUCAAUGUAAAAGAAAUCCUACGAAGCUUGGUCAGUGCUCCUGCAGAGGGAGCCACACUGGAUCCUGCCGUUCUCCCACCAGCUUUUCUUGGAGUACUUGGAGAUGGUGCUACUGAACAAUCUGUACAGUUUCGGUCCUUUGACAGGAGUGUAGUUGUGGCUCCAAAGAAGUCAGUGGCUUCAUCUACAGCCACAAUUCAUGUCCCGACAAAUGCUGUCAGUGUGGUUUCUUUGGAUUCUGCACAAGCCCCAGAUGUCGAGGGAGGAUCUCCUGGCAGUGGAUCAUCAAACUCAAGAUUACCAUCUGUUCCUACAGUUUCUUCUGUGCCUGAGGAUUCUGCUUCAAAGAUGAGCAUUACAGAGAGGCUUGAGCAUGCUCUGGAAAAAGCUGCCCCUCUUUUGAGGGAGAUAUUUGUGGACUUUGCGCCUUUUCUUUCUCGUACACUUUUGGGUAGCCACGGGCAAGAGCUACUGAUAGAAGGUCUUGUAUGCAUGAAAUCUAGUAGUUCGGUUGUGGAGUUGGUCAUGCUACUUUGUUCUCAGGAAUGGCAGAAUUCAAUACAGAAGAAUGCAGGCCUAGCUUUCAUUGAGCUUGUCAAUGAAGGAAGAUUACUGAGUCAAACAAUGAAAGAUCAUCUUGUUAGAGUAGCAAAUGAAGCAGAAUUUAUCUUGAGCAGACAGAGAGCUGAAGAUAUUCACAGGCAUGCUGAAUUUGAGUCACUGUGCGCCCAGUAUUCUGCAGAUAAACGAGAGAAUGAGAAGAUGUGUGAUCAUUUAAUAAGAGCAGCCAAGUAUCGAGAUCAUGUGACAGCAACUCAGCUGAUACAGAAAAUCAUCAACAUUCUGAUGGACAAGCAUGGGGCCUGGGGCAAUUCUGCAGCAAGUCGUCCUCGUGAGUUCUGGCGCCUUGACUACUGGGAAGAUGACUUGCGGCGCCGGCGACGAUUUGUGCGUAACCCCCUUGGAUCGACACAUCCUGAAGCGACAUUAAAAGCAGCCAUAGACCAUGCUCCAGAUGAAGAUGUACUUGUUAAAGGAAAGCAGUCUAUCAAGAGUCAGGCUUUAGGAAAUCAGAACUCAGAGAGUGAGAUUCUCCUGGAAGGCGACGAUGAUACCUUGUCAUCCAUUGAGGAGAAGGAACUGGAGAACUUAACUGGUCCAGUUAAUCUGUCCACACCAGCUCAUCUUGUGGCUCCGUGUGUAGUAGUGAAGGGUACACUUUUCAUCACCACCUCUGAACUAUAUUUUGAGGUAGAUGAAGAAGAAGCCAGUUUUAAGAAAAUUGACCCCAAGAUACUUGCUUAUACGGAGGGUCUUCAUGGAAAAUGGCUCUUCUCAGAGAUUCGAUCCAUCUUUUCUCGACGCUAUCUGUUGCAAAACACAGCACUGGAAAUUUUUAUGGCAAACAGAGUUGCUGUCAUGUUCAACUUCCCAGAUUCUGCAACGGUUAAAAAAGUGGUUAAAUAUCUACCUCGUGUUGGGAUUGGUAGUAGUUAUGGACUGCCUCAAACCAGACGUAUUUCUAUGGCCAGUCCACGCCAGAUCUUUAAAGCAUCAAAUAUGACCCAGAGAUGGCAGCACAGAGAAAUUUCAAACUUUGAAUAUCUCAUGUUUCUAAAUACUAUAGCAGGACGUACAUACAAUGACUUAAACCAGUACCCAGUAUUUCCUUGGGUAAUCACUAACUAUGAAUCAGAAGAAUUGGAUCUUACGCUUCCAAGUAACUUCAGAGAUUUGUCAAAGCCUAUUGGUGCUCUUAAUCCAAAAAGAGGUGCAUUCUUUGCAGAACGCUAUGAAACAUGGGAAGAUGAUCACGUUCCAAAGUUUCAUUAUGGCACUCAUUAUUCAACAGCAAGUUUUACACUCACUUGGUUGUUAAGAAUUGAACCUUUUACAACGUUUUUCCUAAACUUGCAAGGGGGCAAGUUUGAUCAUGCAGACAGAACGUUCUCCUCAAUUUCAAGGGCAUGGCGAAAUUCUCAACGUGACACCUCAGAUAUAAAGGAGCUGGUUCCUGAAUUUUAUUAUCUCCCUGAGAUGUUUGUCAAUCUCAAUAAUUACAAUCUUGGAGUGAUGGAUGAUGGUACAGUGGUGUCUGAUGUUGAACUUCCACCAUGGGCCAAAACACCAGAAGAUUUUGUGCGCUUGAACAGUUUGGCCCUGGAGAGUGAAUUUGUUUCCUGUCAGCUUCACCAGUGGAUUGAUCUGAUUUUUGGCUACAAACAGCAAGGGCCUGAAGCUGUCAGAUCUCUGAAUGUAUUCUUCUAUUUGACCUAUGAAGGAGCUGUCGAUCUCAAUUCUAUAACAGAUCCUGUAAUGAGAGAGGCUGUCGAAGCUCAAAUCCGAAGUUUUGGACAGACACCUUCUCAACUGCUCAUAGAGCCACAUCCUCCAAGAAGCUCUGCUAUGCAGGUGUAUCUCCUCCUGCAGAGUCCAUUGAUGUUCACAGACCAAGCUCAACAGGAUGUCAUCAUGGUCCUAAAAUUUCCAUCCAACUCCCCAGUAACGCAUGUAGCAGCCAACACCCAGCCUAGUCUGGCAAAUCCUGCUGUGAUUACUGUCACUGCUAACCGACUGUUCGCUAUGAAUAAGUGGCACAACCUUCCUGCUCAUCAAGGUGCCGUACAGGACCAGCCAUACCAGCUGCCAGUGGAAAUCGAUCCUCUCAUAGCCAGCAAUACAGGUGUGCACAAGAGGCAGAUCACUGAUCUUCUAGACCAAAGUAUUCAGGUCCAUUCCCAGUGUUUUGUCAUCACUUCAGAUAAUCGCUAUAUCUUGGUCUGCGGGUUUUGGGACAAAAGUUUCCGGGUGUAUUCUACUGACGCAGGAAAACUGAUACAAGUUGUGUUUGGACACUGGGAUGUUGUCACCUGCCUUGCACGCUCUGAAUCCUACAUUGGAGGAAAUUGUUACAUUCUCUCAGGGUCUCGUGAUGCUACCAUGCUGCUCUGGUACUGGAAUGGAAAAACCAAUUGCAUUGGUGAUAACCCAAAUGGUGAAUCUGCCACUCCUCGGGCCAUCCUGACAGGACACGAUUAUGAGAUCACCUGUGCUGCAAUUUGUGCUGAGCUUGGCCUGGUGAUCAGUGGUUCUAAAGAAGGACCAUGCCUCAUACAUUCUAUGAAUGGAGAUCUACUGAGGACAUUAGAUGCUCCUGAAAACUGUCUGAAAGCAAAACUUAUCCAGGCAUCAAGAGAGGGCCACUGUGUCAUAUACUAUGACAAUGGUCACUUCUGUGUGUUCAGUGUAAAUGGGAAGCUGCAGGCCACGAUGGAAACUGAUGACAAUAUAAGGGCAAUUCAGCUGAGCCGGGAUGGUCAGUACCUCCUUACAGGAGGAGACAAUGGAGUUGUUAUGGUGUGGCAAGUUUGUGACCUCAAGCAGCUUUUUGCUUAUCCUGGCUGUGAUGCUGGAAUUCGAUCCAUGGCACUUUCAUAUGACCAAAGGUGCAUAAUGACCGGCAUGGCUUCUGGUAGCAUAGUGCUUUUCUACAAUGAUUUCAACAGGUGGCAUCAUGAAUACCAAACCAGAUACUGAUGUUGGAACUAAGCUGCUUAGUAUAUGCAGAACUCUCAGACGAAGACUAACAAGUCUCUCUUCAGUAUCUUACCAGAGCCUCAGUUCUUAUAAAUAGUUAAUAUAACAUCUGAAUGUAACUUAAAAUUGCCGGGAGAUGCUAUUUUUUAAAGUUAAUUGCUAUUUUUGUAGACCUUGCUUGACUUUGGGAUGGGGGGGGAGGAAGAAGCAGAAAAUGGCUGCUGGGGUUCUGUAGCUUAAAAAGAAAUCUAUAUUUUUAGUCAUAGUAAGUCUAUUUUGAUCCAUGUAUGGGAAGAGACGUAAAUAAGAUGGCUAAAAUUCUUGUACUAGCUAUAUUAUGAAACAUGUCUCUCAUGCAAAUCUUUAUAAUCUUGGGGAAUAUUUGAUUUUAACAAUGGAAAUUGGUUAUAAUGCCAGUUGUUGAUUAUAAUACUGGCAUUUUAAACUGAGCUUACCCAUACCACACUUUGUCUUGUACCUUUACAAUGAUUGUACUAUUUCAAGCACUGAAUUUCUGAGAAUCAAGAAUAUAAAUUAAGAUAAAUGUAGUUUUGUUUCCAUCAGUGUAAUGAUCAAGCAUGCUUCUAAGUCUAGAUUAUUAGUUUGUGGAUUAUUUUUCUGUUUGUUUUGUUGUGUUGCUGAUGAAGAAAUCAACAGCAGAGUUCUCUUAAAUGCAAGUCUGUAUUCCUACCAACUUCCUGUCCUUGUUUCAGUGCAUACUCAAAUGUGCAUUGUUCCUCAAAACCAAGCUUAUUUUUUUAAGAUUUUGGAUGCAUCCUUCCAUUAGCAACUUCUGUAUAUUUUUUAAAUCAUGUGCAGAUUCAAAGAGCCCCUUCUAUUAUUUCCCUAAAAAUAACUUGGCUGGAGCCAGACAAUUAUUACAAUUCUGCUUCCAAAUGGUGUAGAGGCAAAAGCUUCUAUUUCUAUUCUAACCCAACUUGUGAGAGCUGUAUAAUGCAAGCCUUUGCGCCCUGUACUGUUUAGGAAAACAGCAUGUGUUUGCAUCAGGUUUUGGUACAAUCAUGACAAAAACAGAGAAUUAACACCCUCUCUUCCAGCUGUUAGGAUUUUAAAUUUAUACGAAGGAACAAUGUUAUUUUGCUGUUGCAUAAAUUCUACUUUUUCUACGAGAUUGCUGUGCAGAAUUCUGUGAAAAUAUUUGUGACAGGAAUUGUAUUGUUUUGUAGGUCUGUAUUGCACAAAUAACUACUUUGUAUGUUGUGCUUUAUUAAGAUUUGAAACUUACAUUCCAUAUCUAUAUUGGUAUAUAAUUUUCUUCAACUGCUUACUUGAAGCAGUUUCCAUUGUUGCUUUUUUCCUAGCAUUCAACUACUCUCUUUAAGUAAAGAUCUGAAAGGGGAAAACUCAGUUUGAAAUAAGAAAUUAAAUAAAAAGACAUUUGUAAUUAAAUGUA